UUUCUCUUUCUCUCUCUCUCUCUCAAAACCAAAAAGACUUUUGUUAUAUCGAUUCGUACACAAAAUCCUCUUAAAAAACUCCCUGCUUUUAUUUCCUUGUCUGCCAUCAACUCCCUUAAAUACAACUCCUCCACUUCCCUCCUUUCUCUCACUCCCUUCUCUCUAUUCUCUCUCUCUUCAGCCGGGUAGUAAUUUUCCGGCGACAUUAUCAGCCGUGUUCUUCACUUUUAUUUUCUAGUUUUAUUAUCCAUCGACAUGAAUAUCGUAAUGGGCUGAAUUCUUUUGGGUUCUUUUCUCUCUUCUGGUUAAUCAUUUUCCAGCCCUACUUUUUUCCACCUUUCCUCAGCAAGACAACCGAACGAAAAACAGAUACUACUCUGAAAAAAAUCAUACAAAGUGCAUUCCUUUGUUGUUCUCGUGUGAAAUCCUAUUUGGGUUUUACUUCUUACCCUAUCUUUCAUCUGGGUUUCCCUUGAAAUACACAAUGAUCACUGCCACAGACCUCUAUCAUGUACUUACUGCCGUGGUGCCACUUUAUGUGGCCAUGAUCUUAGCCUAUGGCUCUGUGAAAUGGUGGAAAAUCUUCAGCCCUGACCAGUGCUCUGGCAUCAAUCGGUUUGUUGCUCUGUUUGCAGUGCCUCUCCUUUCUUUCCAUUUCAUAUCCACCAACAAUCCAUAUGCUAUGAACUUGAGGUUCAUAGCGGCAGAUACGCUCCAAAAGGUCAUAGUCUUGGUAGUGUUAGCUAUCUGGUCAAGAACCAGCUCAAGAGGUUCCCUGGAAUGGUCUAUAACCUUGUUUUCGCUCUCAACUCUUCCUAACACUCUUGUCAUGGGCAUUCCUUUGUUGAAGGGAAUGUAUGGAGAAUUUUCAGGGAGCUUGAUGGUCCAAAUAGUCGUGCUUCAAUGCAUAAUUUGGUACACAUUGAUGCUCUUUCUCUUUGAAUACAGAGGAGCAAGACUUCUGAUAGCAGAGCAAUUCCCAGAUACUGCUGGCUCUAUCAUUUCCUUUAAAGUGGAUUCUGAUAUCAUUUCUCUGGACGGAAAAGAGCCAUUGCAAACUGAUGCCGAGGUAGGGGAAGACGGGAAACUCCACGUUACUGUUAGAAAAUCUACUAGUUCUCGGUCGGAAAUUUUUUCUCGCCGGUCGCAUGGUCCAAACUCAGGUGUUUCUUUAACCCCAAGACCAUCAAAUUUGACAAAUGCAGAAAUUUACUCCCUCCAAUCAUCCAGGAAUCCAACGCCAAGAGGGUCCAGCUUCAACCACACUGAUUUCUACUCAAUGGUGAAUGGGAAAAACAUAAGCAACGUGAGUCCAAGACAAUCCAACUUCGGAAACUUGGGUUUUGAUGAAGAGAAUGGACUUGGGGUAUUUGGUAAUACAGGGAGAGCCAAUGGCAGUUCUUAUCCUGCUCCAACUAGUGCAGGAAUCUUCUCUCCUGUGACUGGACCAGGUGCCAAAAAGAAGGUAAAUGGAACUGAUGGUGGAAAGGAUUUGCAUAUGUUUGUUUGGAGUUCAAGCGCUUCUCCUGUGUCAGAAGGUGGGAUUCAUGUUUUCAGGGGCGGAGAGUACGGGAAUGAUCUUGGUGGCGUAGCUCACCAAAAAGAUUAUGAUGAGUAUGGUAGAGACGAAUUUAGCUUUGGUAAUAAGCCAGUAACAAAUGGGGUUGACCGUGAAGGUCCAGUGCUUUCCAAGCUUGGUUCAAGCUCCACGACUGAACUCCACCCUAAGGUUGGUGCUCACGCUGAAACAAGGCCAACUGCUAUGCCUCCUGCUAGUGUUAUGACCAGACUCAUCCUGAUCAUGGUGUGGCGAAAACUAAUCAGGAAUCCUAACACUUAUUCCAGUUUGAUUGGCCUCACCUGGUCUCUUGUUUCGUUCAGGUGUGUAAAACUACAUAGCCUGUUAAUUGUACAAUAUUUUUCUAAUCCAAUCAUACAAACUUUUAAUGGCUUAUUGCAUUUGUGCAGGUGGGGUGUUCGGAUGCCUGCUAUAGUUGGUGGUUCAAUAGCUAUUCUUUCUAAUGCAGGUCUUGGAAUGGCUAUGUUUAGCCUUGGUUUAUUCAUGGCACUUCAGCCACGAAUUAUUGCAUGUGGAAACACAAUUGCGACCUUUGCCAUGGCAAUUCGGUUCCUAACGGGUCCUGCGGUUAUGGCUGCUGCCUCAAUUGCUGUCGGGUUGAGAGGUGUUCUUCUGCGCAUUGCUAUUGUGCAGGCAGCUCUUCCACAAGGGAUUGUCCCAUUCGUCUUUGCUAAGGAAUACAAUGUUCAUCCCGAUAUAUUGAGCACUGGGGUCAUAUUUGGAAUGCUGAUUGCCCUUCCUAUAACACUGGUUUACUACAUCUUGCUGGGACUUUGAAGCAGAGCUCUCUGAGAAGCUGAGAGAGGAAAGAAGACUACUAGAUACAAUUAGUUACUACCCAUUUUGAGUGGGAAAUUUUUGGAUUUCUCUAACCAGCUGGGGGGUAAAUACAGUAAUUUUCUAAACUGAUUUGGGGUGAUAGCAGGAGGAAACAUGGACAGUAGAGGGGCGAGAAACUUUUUGUUUUGUUUAUGUUUUAUCACUCGGAGCCUCGUGCUUUUCGUUUUGUUCUUUUUUUUUUUUUUUUUCUCUUAAAUGAAGAAAGUGAGUAAUGUUUGUAGUUCAGUUAAUGAAAUAUAUC